GAUGCAAAUCCUGACCAGCGAUAAAGGCGUGAAUUCGUUUAAAGCAUUUAUGGCUUAUAAAGAUGUCUUCCAACUCGACGAUGGAGAGCUGUACCACGCCUUCAAAGCAUGUCGGGAAUUCGGGGCCCUUGCGCAAGUUCACGCUGAAAAUGGAGACCUGAUACACGAACGUUCCAAAGUCAUGAUUGAGCUUGGUAUCACAGGCCCUGAAGGACACGAAAUGUGCAGACCAGAGCAUGUUGAAGGUGAAGCCACCCACAGGGCAAUAGUCAUUGCUGAUCAGGCAAGUUGCCCAAUUUACAUCGUUCACGUAAUGAGCAAAUCGGCUGCUGACGUCAUCAGUGAAUGCAGACGAAAGGGAUUCGUUGCUUUUGGGGAACCAAUAGCAGCAGGUCUUGGCACAGAUGGAACAAACUAUCAUCACAAAUGUUGGCGACAUGCUGCUGGUCACGUGAUGGGUCCACCUUUGCGUCCUGACCCAUCGACUCCAGAGUACCUCAUGAAGCUUCUUGCAAACGGCGAUCUACAGUGUACUGGCACAGACAAUUGCACGUUUAAUGCAAACCAAAAAGCGCUUGGCAAAGACGACUUCAGAAGAAUUCCCAAUGGCGUUAACGGUUAG